UGUGGGUAUUUGAAUAUAAAGGAGUGCAGUGCAACACCCAAUCUCACAGCUAAUUAGUUCAACCCUUGACAAAAGGUUGGCCAGCCACUGAAGAGAACACCUGGGACAGGCGUAACAGGGCUUCAUGGACUGCUUUAGAGGCUUGAGUGGAGAAGGGUAAUAGGGGACCUCCUCAUGUUCACCCUUUCUGGAACUUAACUGAUGUUUGUCACAUUUUCACUUAUCCAGAGCAUGUAAGAGCUGGAAACAGAGUAGGAGAAUUGUUUAAGGACUUGUGGUUCAAGGAAUUGGAGAUAAUGUCUGUACCAGUCUCAGAUGAUGACAGAACCUUCAAAGACUUGAACGUUGUGGGGAUGCUUCACAAGUUCUGGGAGCAGAAACAAGUGAAAGGCGUGAUGAUGGAGACAGAGAAUCUGGUACUCUAUGAGUCCAUUCCCUCACCCAGCCCUCCGUACAUAUGCUAUGUCACCUUACCAGGUGGAAGCUGCUUUGGAAAUUUUAAGUUUUGCUACAGUAAAGCAGAGGCCAGACGUGAUGCAGCUCGAAUCGCUCUGAUGAACUCCACGUUUAAUGAGUUGCCCUGUCGCCGUAUCACUCCUGAAUUCAUAGCAUGCAGCGUUAAAGAGGCCGUCGGCACCACCAGUGGCAACAUUGCAGAUGCCUCUGACCCCAGUACUAGUAUAGGAGCCUAUUGUCUCAUGCUGGAGCUGAACACUGGGAGAACCAUGCUGGAAUUCCAGGAAAUAAUGACGGUUUUUCAGCUUUUGCACUGGAAUGGGACCCUUAAGGCUUUUCGGGAGAUGAGAUGUAGCCGUCAGGAAGUGAUCGAUUACUAUUCACAACAGCGUCUGGAUGAGCGCACACGCAGCCACAUGGCUUUGGACUGGCUACAGAAGGAGCGGCAAUCCCCCGGUCUGCUCUCCCAAGAGCUGCAGCUAGCCAUGAAGGAGCUGGGAGAGGCCCAACGGUCCGGGAGGGAACUCCGCUUCUACAAGGAGAAGAAAGAAAUCCUGAGCUUGGCUCUCUAUCACGCUAAUGCCGAGGAUCUGGAGGGAUACCACAGUGAGGAGGUGUCUUGGAGAGAAGACACUGAGUUUGAGUAUUACACUCAGGAGGGCCACUGUCUGGAGGAUUCUUCAAAACACUGCCACUUUCACUCUCAGGGCAGUGUGAGUGAUAGAGAAUCUGUAGAAUGAGCUGUGUAAGACAGGACGUCUUAUGUGCUAUGGACAAAUUGUACAUACUUUACAGUAAAGUCUGUUUUUUUUAAGACUUUCAUAUGUUAUUUCUUUUUCUAUGUGUUUUAGAAUUUGAAAUUAUGAGAUAUCGUUGAUUUGUUGUUUUGGUCACAUUUGUAUCCACAAUGAAGUGCUUUAGAAACCCUUCUGAAAAGGGGGGAGUGGGGGGAGCUCAGUGAGUAAAGACGCUGACUACCACCCCUGGAGUCACGAGUUCGAACCCAGGGCGUGCCGAGUGACUCCAGCCAGGUCUCCCAAGGGAGGGUAGUCACAUUGGGUAACCUCCUUGUGGUCGCCAUAAUGUGGUUCACUCUCGGUGGGGCGCAUGGUGAGUUGUGCACGGAUGCCGCGGAGAAUAGCAUGAAGCCUCCACACGUGCUAUGUCUCCACAGUAACGCACUUAACAAGCUGCAUGGAUUGACGGUCUCAGAGGUGGAGGCAACUGAGAUUUGUCCUCCACAACCCAGAUUAAGGCAAGUCACUACGCCACCACAAGGACCUAGAACACACUGGGAAUUGGCCAUUCCAAAUUGGGGAGAAAAAGGGGAGAAUUUUUUUUUUUUUUUUUAAAGAAACCCUUAUGAAAAAAAUACAAAAUCAUUCUAAGCUGGUUGGCUGGUCUUAACUGGUCACAAAAAGGUGAGUUGGCUGUUUUUAGAGGGGUUUUGGGCACUUUUUAGCUGGUCAGGCAGGACAUCUGAAACACCAGCUGAGUGCCAGGCUGGGUGACCUGCUAAGACUAGCCAACCAGCUUAGUCUGGUUGAGAUGUUUGUUUUUUUUUUUUGUUUUUUUUUUUUACAAGAAAAGGAGGAACCACUAAAAAAAAAGCAUCAA